UCGAAUGGGACAGUCUUUUCACAGCAAUGGCGGUUCAUGGAGGAUCUCAAUAGUUUUAACGCAUGGAGCUGCGGCUAAACAGACAAACUGAGGUAAACUUUUAACCCAUUUUAAGACGUAAUUAAUAAAAAAAGGAAAGAAAUUAAGCAUUUAAAGAGAAAACAUAACUUCCUGGGAAUAUCUGGACACUCCACGAAUCACGCGAAAAAUGGGAACUUCGUUGGCGCAACCCUCUAGAUCAGUCACAGAAACGUCAUCAAAACUGGAGCGCGCGACACCCGGAAGUUGUCAAGUUACGUCACGUUGUGCGCGCGGAAUCUCGUAGGGUAAAGUGUAAACAUGUUGUCGUGUGAAUAUUAUUUCUCACUGAUGUUAUAUAUAUGCAACUCUAUGUGAUAAUAUAUAUAUAUAUAUAUAUAUGAUACGAUGUGGAUCGCAGUGAAUGAAUGAUGGUUCAGUCGUGCUCAGCGCACGGGUGCACAAACAGAUACAGCAGAGAUAAAAACAUCUCCUUUCAUAAAUUCCCGCUGGCCAGACCUGACGUGUGUCAUAAAUGGGUGGGUGCUAUGAAGAGAAGAAACUUUAAACCCACAAAGUACAGCAGCAUCUGCUCGCAACACUUCACCAGAGACUCUUUCAGACAAGAAUGCAAUAACCGCGUGCUGAAGGACGAUGCUGUGCCGUCUCUCUUCGCUGUCAGCAAACUACACGUACAACAACAACAACAACAACAGUCGAGAUCUCUGGGGGAAGAUGCGAUUUUAAACCUCCACCCUGGCCCCUACAUCUCCUCCGACCACAACUACACGGUGGAGGACGCGGCCCAGCAGAAGAGACGGAUCACACAGCUGGAGUCACAGCUGGAGAAACUCAGGAGGAACCUGAAGACUGUGCAGCAGAAAUGUCGCCGUCAGGAGAGACAGCUGGAACGUUUCAGAGCCGCCACCAGUGACUUUCAGAAGUCAGGCAAACACUGGGAGAAAACUGCGUCAUCUUACCCAAAGAGAUGCAUGACCUCCUGAAAGAAAUAGAAACCAUGAAGUGUGAGAGAUUGUGCCUGAGAUCUGGAACAUUUCUGUCUAUUGCUCACAGAUCAUCAGGAGUUUACUGCAGUCACAGGCUCAGAAUGAUUCUCAGGUCUCAUUGUAUAAGAAGGGAUUUACUAAACCUUUAGUCUUUGUCAAAACACCUCAAAACCAAAUGAAAAUGACAUGAGCAAACUGGCACGUGAUUCUGACUUUAAUGGAGGGCGUUUGAUAAAUGAUGAUCAAAUCAAAUCAGAGUUCAUUUACUGAAUUCAUUUAGAUGUGUGCAUUGCAAAUGUUCGUCUGCUUUGAAAUAUUGUGGUCUUCAUUUGACCUCUUUUAUGUUUGUUCUCUAGACGUAUAUCAAAGGGCUUUUUGAUUUGUGUUUUUCUGCUAAUGUUUUAUUGUUCAGACAACAAUCAGUGAAAGCCAUAUACGGAAGUUAAAACUUGAUCUUUAGCUGGGAAAAGAGAAAUUGUACUUGCCUAUGUUCACAGUGCAAUUGUUCAUGUGAGUGGACAGUUUUAAUACAUUAUUAUUCAUAUUAACCUAUGCGUGCGCGUGUGUUUGAAUGGAUUUCACUUGUAUUCUGAAAGUCUCUCUUUAUUUCCAGUAGAGAUGUUCUUUCUGUAGAAGACGAUGAGUUGGAUCAAGGCACCACCCCACUAUAAAAAUACACCUUUGUCAACAGUUUAAAAGCCAAUAUUGCAUUUAUUAGGGCUUUUGGACAUUAUGCUGGAGUAUGAAACAUACUAAAGAGGCUCAGUCUCAAACCCUCCAGCAUCAGACACCAUCACUAGUUUUCAAAACUUUAUUUUCUUUAUUUUACUGUAAGGGGAUCCAGCGGGCAUUUGCGAUUGUGCUCGUGUUAAUUAUGUUCACAUCUCAUAGAAAUGUAUCUAAUUUUAGGCAAAUUUAGGUAAGAGGAUAUUUCAUUUAUUUUGAAAUUUGAAUUAUGUAAUCAACUGUAAUCGUGUUUUUAUUUAGGCAUACACUAACCAGCAAUGUGUAAUAUUCUUACAGCAUAUAAAAAAUAUCAGGAAGAAAAUGCGGUCUGUUUGUGUUGCAAG